AUGAUAGAAUCAACGUUUUUGGACUACCUGUCAAAAUUUAAAGUGACAACCUAUACCGGAGUUGAAGAUUUUGCCGACAAAUUCAAUUUCAUAUUUACGGUUGUGGUUCUCUCUCUCUGCACUGUUAUCAUCACCGCCAAAAGUUACCUCCUCAAGCCUAUAGCUUGCUACAUCUCAACUGAAGUGGGUGGAACCAAUCUGCUCAAUUAUGUUGAAAACUACUGUUGGGUGCAAGGCACCAUUCCCAUCUCCUACUCAAGCAAAAUGCCCCAAGACGACGAGGAAUGGGAUGCGCUAGAGAACGCAAAAAUACUCUACUACCAAUGGGUUCCCUUUGUACUGGGUCUCCAGUGCUGCCUGUUUUAUCUUCCACGAAUCAUAUGGCAGGCGAUCUGCUACAAUCGCACAGGGACUGACUUGGAGAACCUAGUCAGUCAGGCUAUGGCUGCUAUGCACGGUGACAAUAAGAGUCGGGAAACCGCUGUGGAAAACGUUGCUCUUGACAUUGAGCACCUCCUGUUCCAGGGACAGAAAAGGGCUGUUUUGCGCCGAGAGCGGCCAGGUGUUUUAUCCAAAAGACUAAUGGAAGGAACAAAGAUGCUUGACGAUUCUGGUGACUCGAGUCUUAAUUUUCGUUCCACUCUUCGCGGUGCCCGUCUUCCUGUUUCAUCGGCACGUCGAGGAAACUACAUCGUGGUUGCCUACCUCUUUAUCAAGUUGUUGUAUCUUACCAACGCCGUAGGCCAGAUGUUUCUGAUGCAGCGGUUCCUGGGUUUUAACACAACUGUGAGCCCCAUUUUUGGGGUUAGUGUUCUCAAAAACAUAAUUAAUGGCCACGAUUGGCAAAUGACGCAAAUUUUCCCUCGUGUCGGCUUUUGCUUCGCCGAAAUGAAGAUCCUGGGUGUUCGCACUAACGGCGUGACUGCUCAGUGCGCCUUGCCCGUCAAUAUGCUCAACGAAAAACUCUACAUUUUCUUGUGGUGGUGGAUCCUGGCAGCUGCUAUCAUCACGGCGAUCUAUCUCUUUCUCUGGAUCAUCCGGUUCUGCUGUCGGUCACGUGAGGCUGAUUACAUUAUAAAGUACAUUAAAUUCACCGACGAAGUUCCCCCGUUUGACGAACGAGAUGCCAAUGAUUUCGCUCUUCGGUUCCUUCGUCACGAUGGAAUAUUCCUCAUACGGAUGGUACGCAUGAACGCUGGUGACAUGGUCGCGGCCGCCGUUGUGAACACCCUCUGGAAUCGAUACCAACGCCGUCUGAUCGAGAAGACUCAUGACCCCCUAACAAACAACCUGCUCCCCUCUGUUGGGUGGUCCGCCAAACUAGAAAAGGGGAGUGACGACACCGCCGUGAGAAACAGGGCACCCGAUGUACCCCCUGCUGAGCCCAUGAAGGAAUCGCUCUAUCCUGAGCAACCUAGAAGUAUUGUAUAA